ACCCCAUUUCCUCGUGCGCCAUUUCAGGCCUGCCUGUUCUCAGUUUAGUCUGAGUGACAACUGAUGUACCGGCUAGAGGUUUGGCUCUCACACACUGCCAUGUUUACCCUACUCUGUGUUCUUGUUGCAGCUACUGUGACUGAAGAGCAUCCAACAAUGCCGCAGAGCACAGGUGGAGAUACUGUUCACCCAGCGCGCAUUUUUGGAGCUGCAACUGGUAAGCUUAGAGUUGGGGAAGACUUUGAAGCGAGGUGCAGCACAUUUGAAUUAACAAAAGGUGAACACGUCUUUGUUUACCUCUGCAAGAAUGGAGUCGGUGUAGAAAUGAUAGAAACCAGAAAAGUGGACUCUAUUUUCACUAUAAAAAAUGUCCAAAAAGAGCACACGGGAGACUACAGCUGUGUGUUCUCCAGAACACAACACCCUACGGAUGUGAGAGGAAAAGGAGUAAAUUCUAUCUCCCUCCAAGUGACAGAUAAAGUAUUCCCAGCACGUAUUGGUACAAAUGAGCCCCGUGUGACAUCAGGGGCAGACGUGUAUUUCACAUGUAGCUCAACAGAUGCCCCAGACUCUGUCAUUCUCAUGGCAUUCCUGUGUAGGAAUAACACCAUCAUUGAUGUUGAACUGUGGGACUCUCAGAAGAGCCAGGCCAGUUUCCAUCUAAAAAGGGUGCAGAUUGAGGACACGGGUAGCUACGGCUGUUUGGUGUCUGACCGACCCAUGGCUGCAAGAGAGUUGGACACGUGUGGAAAGAAUUCAGUCUCUCUGCAGGUUGGCAAUGGUGGUAAUGGUGGCAAUGGGGAGCUGAGUGAGGAGCCGCCUGCCUGUGUGUCCGGUGGAGGCUCCAUGGCCCCCCUGUACCUGUUGCCCUCCCUCGUCCUGCUCGUGCUGCUGCUCCUAGUGCUCUGGAGGAACGGGAUACACAAGCAGAUGAGAUCUCCACAGGUCACAUCUGAAUAUGCACAUUUCCCGCCACUUGCACAGACCUCAACAGCGCAGAAUCAUUUUGAUCUUAGUAAUACAGGGCUACAGAUCCCUGUGCAAACAUUUUACGCAAUUAGUGGACAACCUGAUGUGGGUGAGACUGAUACAGGGCUGCAGGUAGCUGUGCAAACAUUUUACUCAUCUACUGGACAGCCUGAUGUGGGCGGGGCUGAUACAGCAACGUCACACGACAUGCAACAAGAUCAAGGAGACGACAUAAGCCCCUAUGACUGGAGUGAGAUCUCUGAAGAUGAAAGUUAUCAGGAUGUAGUCACAUACCAGGAGAUACCGGACCUCGAAACUCAGGAGGAGACUAGAAUAGCAGCGAUCACAGACGCAGACCCCGGUCAAUCAUUGGUAGCACCCCGAAUAAGUGCGAUGUACGCAACAUCCAAGAGAAAGAAGAAGCCCAACUAGACCUACGGAGCUGCAUCACUCUACACAAUCUCUAUUGUUUAAAUCCACUGUAACGUUUUGUAAUAACGUGUGUAAUGGUCCAUGAUAAUGGACUCUUGUAUGGACUCUCGUUGUCAGUUGAUUUGACAGUUAAAUGGAUUUUUUUUUACACUGAAAUGCACUUUCUUCAGCCAACUUUCUUUAGAAACAAAGCCACAAGUUAUAACACAGUAAAUCGUAUGAUCCUUUAGUUAGCCUCAAGGCUCUUGAUCCAUGUUUCAAAUUUGGGCGUCUGAGCACUGAAUGCUGGGGCAGUAGAGGUUCUGGGCUGUGUCUGGAGAUUGCUGGGCAGUAGAGGUUCUGGGCUGUGUCUGGAGAUUGCUGGACCGCAAACUUCAGAGAUGGGGGUGGUUUCCAUGGAAACAUGUGACAUACAGGCCUGCACUUGUAUAGUUUAGUACUUAAUGCACUUAAUGAGUGUACUUCACAUAAGAGAGUAGCCUACAGUACAUAUGGAGACUUUACAUACAGUACGAGUGUACAUACAGUAUGCAGACUUCACAUACGGGUGUAGCCGUCAUAUGCAGACUUCACAUACAAGUGUACAUACAGUGAGGAGAAAAUGUAUUUGAUACCAUGCUAAAGUUGCCUAAAAAGAGGAAUAUAAAAUCGUCAUUUGACAAUUGAUCUUAAUGUC